AUGGCAGAAAGAUUUAAAUGGGUACUUAAUGAAUACAUAAAGGAAGAACAGGUGGGCUUUCUGCCUAACAGGCACCAAAACGAAAAUGUGAAGACGAUCGUGGAUCUGAUCGAAUAUUAUGAAAACAAGCAUCAAAAUAAAGUAAUGUUGUUAGCGCUGGACGCGGAGAAAGCGUUCGACAACCUUGAUUGUAAAAAAUAUCAAGUACAUCAACAAGAUCAUCAUCAACAACAAGCUCCAGUAAAUUGCAAACGGAAAGGAGAUCCAGUCUGUGGAACUGAUGGCAAGACUUAUAUCAAUGAAUGUUUCCUAUGUGCUGAAAUCCUAGGUGGAGCCAAAAUAGACUUAGCCCACAAAGGAGAAUGCGUUGACUGCAGUAAGUUUCCAGAACCACCAAAGGGCAAAAAGGCAGCCUGUCCCCAAAUACAUGCACCUGUGUGUGGCACUGAUAGCAUCACUUAUUCAAACACAUGCUUCCUGUGUGCAAAAAUUUGGUCAUCUGGUAAACUGAUUGGAAUUAAAAAAGAAGGACCCUGCAUAUCAAAGCUUGAUUGCAAAAAGUAUAAACCGCAGCAGCAGCAGCAGCAGCAGCAGCAGCAACAACAACAACAACAACAACAACAACAAGCUCCAAUAGUCUGCACUCUGCAAAGUGACCCAGUCUGUGGAACUGAUGGCAAGACUUAUGGCAAUGAAUGUUCACUGUGUGCUGAAAUCCUAGGUGGAGCCAAAAUAGACUUAGCCCACAAAGGAGAAUGUGUUGAUUGCAGUAAGUUUCCAGAACCACCAAAAGGAAAAAAGACAGCCUGUCCCCAAAUACAUGCACCUGUGUGUGGCACUGAUGGUAUCACUUAUUCCAACAUAUGCCUCUUGUGUGCAAAAAUUCGGUCAUCUGGAAAACCGAUUGGCAUAAAAAAAGAAGGACCAUGCAUAUCAAAGGAGGCCAGAGUAGUGAUCCGGUGA